GGCCAAUGCGAUCGAAUCCCACGUGUUUGUGUGUUAACAUGGAGCCAGUUGUAGAAGUGGUGGCUGGAAGUUAUGAACAGAUUGCGUUUGGUUAUCGCGUGUAUAAAGAGCAGCAGGAAUGGACUUUAAAAGCAGACUUCACCAAUCACGCCCACACAGCAUCUCUGUCCGCUGUGGCGGCUAACGACCGAUUCAUAGCAACUGGCAGCAAAGACGAGACCAUCCAGCUGUACGACAUGAAGAGCAGGAGUGAACACGGGGUGCUGCACCACCACAAUGGUACCAUCUCGCAUCUGGAGUUCUACGGCACUUCACACCUUCUGAGUGGGGGAGAAGAUGGGCUUCUCUGUGUUUGGAGCACCAAGAAGUGGGAGUGUCUGAAGUCCAUUCAAGCUCACAAGGGUCACGUGUCUUCGCUUUCUGUCCAUCCGUCGGGAAAAAUUGCUCUGUCUGUGGGGACCGAUAAGACUCUCAGGACAUGGAAUUUAAUCGAUGGGAGAUCAGCUUUCAUAAAAAAUAUCAAACAAAAUGCCCAUAUUGUUAUGUGGUCCCCUGCUGGAGACAAGUACGUUGUGGUCAUACAUGACAAAAUGGACAUUUACAGUCUUGACACGGCCACAGUGACAGGAACGAUCUUCAACCCAAAGAGAGUCUCAUCCGUUAAGUUCUUAAGUAAUGCAGUCCUAGCAGUUGCAGGAGACGACGAAUUUGUGAGACUCUUUGAUGCCAACUCCCAGAAAUGCAUCGGCGAGUUCAAGGCUCACGAAAACAGAGUGAAAGCGCUUGAAAGUUUCACAGUGGAGGAUUUUUGUGUCCUUGCAUCAGCAUCAAACGACGGGUUCAUCAAACUCUGGAAGCUCAAUCUCGAUCAGAUCAGCAUGGAGCCUGUUCUCCUGGCGGAGGUGAACACCACGGCCAGGUUAAACUGCCUGGCUGUCUGGCAGCCAAGCUCACAACAGAAGGCCACAGGGGAGCAGGAGGCACAGGCUGCCACGUCCCAAGUCUCAACCCAGCCUGCACCACAACCUACAAAGAGAAAGACUGUGAAGAUUUUUGCAGAAGAAGUGGUCAUUGAAGAGUCCAGUGGACCAAAGAGAGUAAAAAUGGGUGGCAAAAAGAAACAAGAAAACAAAUAAACCACACAAUGU